CGAACGCCUGCCUCACUAGGGGUCACAGCUCAAGCUACAAAUCCAGAAAAUUGUGGGGGCAAACUUUUUCAGAGAGAGAAUUGUAAACUCUUGGAACAAUCUGCCAGAGAGUGUUGUGACGGCACAUAUUAUACAAGGGGCCCUCUGAGGAUGGGGGACCUCUGAGAACGCAACACCGGGGAGUGAAAUCCCAACUCAGAGGCCUAGGAAAUGACAGAAAAAGGAGAGGCCAAUAGGGUGGCACCAAAGGAAAAGAGCCUCAGCCACAAGAUGACCAAAGAGCAGAAGGACCAGUUGGAGGCUCUCUUUACUGAGGAGGACCUGAAGGACACCCAGUGUGGCCUGGGACCAUGUAAAUCCAAGUGGCUACAGUGGUUUGCAACAAAGGAGAUGUACAUGCUGGUGUACUGCCUGGUGGGGUUGACGCAGGGCAUGUUCUUCACUUACUCUGUCUCAGUCCUCUCCACCAUUGAGAAGAGGUUCAAACUCACCAGCAAGGAGACAGGUAUACUGCUCAGUGGCAAUGACAUCUCACAAGUAUUGCUUGCCAUUUUUCUCGGUUACUAUGGAACAUUCGGUCACCGUCCACGUUGGCUUGGUGUGGGUGCCCUGUUCACUGCGGCCUCCUGUUUCACCGCUGGCUUACCCCACCUCAUCUAUGGGACUGGAAAGGAUGCCAUCGCCGCAGCUGAAGCUGUUACCAUCCAUAAAAAUGUUCCUUUCUUGUCAAAUCUGACUAACUUGAAAUCAAAAGAGGAGCUGUGUCUCUCUAAGCCAGAAGAUACAUGUCAAGGAGGUCAAGGCGGUGCCUACGUUGGCCCCAUCAUCUUGCUCUUCAUCGCUCAGUUCUUUGUGGGCAUUGCCAUCAGCAUCUUCUUCAGCGUUGGCGUCACUUACCUUGAUGACAACGUCAACAAGAAGACUUACCCCAUCUAUUACACCAUGACGAUGCUUCUAAGGAUCUUAGGGCCAGUCUUCGGGUUCUUCAUUGGCGGCAGAUGCCUUUCUAUCUGGAUUGACCUAUCCAAGGAACCCAAUAUUGACAAGGAAGACCCACGAUGGCUGGGAGCUUGGUGGCUGGGAUUCGUAUUCAUUGGGUUUGCUUUAGUCAUCACAAGCCUCCCACUGUUCCUCUUUCCUCGCAAGCUGCCAGCAACUCUGAGGAGGGAAGGUAAAAGGAUGUUGAGACAAGCUGAUAAAGAUAAGAAGGAAGGUCGCAAUCGAGGAGUGGAUUAUUUCGUCUCUCUUGCCAAGACCAAGAAGGAGGAAGCCAAACCAACUUUAAAAAACCUGCUGGUGGCUUUGAAGCGGCUCUUCACCAACAAGAUCUGGACUGGUAACCUGUUCAGUGCCACAGUAUCACUGCUUGCCGUCUCUGGUUAUUGGAGCUUCAAACCUAAAUAUUUAGAAAACCAGUUCCGUAAAAGUGCUGCCGAGGCUAAUUACUACACAGGGAUGGCCAGUUUGUUUGUGACAGUGGUUGGCGCCAUCAUCAGUGGAUCUGUAAUGAGGUGGUUAAGACCCGGACCAAGACUCGUCACUGGAUACAAUAUUUUUAUCACUUUCUUCAGCUGUCUGGGCUUUGUAUCUCUCAUGUUUAUUGGCUGCCCAAAACUUGAGGUUAUUGGUCCAAUGGAUGGGUCAGUGGUUCCCCCUUGCUCAGCAGACUGUGGGUGUAGUGACAAGUUUACCCCUGUGUGUGCCCAGGACAAGAUCACUCUCUUCUACUCCCCCUGUUAUGCCGGCUGUUCUCAAGAGGACCUCACUGCUAAGCCCAUUGAAUACAGCAGCUGUCGGUGUAUUGCCAACUCAUCCACACCAUUCCAUUAUGGCAACUUCUCCACACCAAUACCAAAGCAUGAUUGGGGCACUGCCACUAGAGGAUAUUGCCCAGAGCCAUGUAAUGGGUUCUUCUACUACUUCCUGGUGGAGAUCAUCAUCAAGACAGUGACUUCCACCAGUCGUAUUGGUAACAGUAUCGUCCUCCUCAGGGCAGUGUCACAGGAGGACAAAGGACUUUCACUGGGUACUGUAACAGUAUUCAUCAGCUUGUUUGCCUUCAUCCCAGCUCCCAUCAUCAUGGGAGCCAUUAUUGACUCAGCCUGUAUAGUGUGGGAUAAGACAUGUGGUCAUUCAGGUAACUGCUGGCUCUACGACUCUGACAAGUUCAGGAAAAUACUUCAUCUUGUCCCUUCAGAGGCACGACGUACUUGCUCCUGGUGCGGCUACCUGUCACCUACAUUUGAAACUGUUGGUAAACACUGGUACAAGUGUAAAAAGAAGAUGCCCCACCCCUCAGAAGCGCAUGAUGGCGGCCACGACAUCUAUCGCCUUCUUCGAGAAAGCAAUUUUUUCUUGGGAAUGGAAUUCCACCGCGGAAAUCUUUAUAUUCCAAAACGACCAAGGCGAUUACCAUUUAAAGGCCCGGACAUCAGAAAAAUUGGUCUUUAUUGUUCAACAAAGCAGGAGUUAUUCAAAGCUACAAAAGAAAAUGCCAUUAAAGGUAAGACUGUAAGAAAACCUCACCGUUGUCGUAAAGGGCGAAAAAAGUUUACACGGAAUACUGUCCUGCCAGCCAUUACGGAUUAUCCGAGGUGCCGCCGCCGUCGAGCCAAGUGGACAAGACGCAAGAAGAGGCGAGACCCUAAACCCACAAAUACUGAUUUUAGCCGCUAAAGAUGUACCAAUCUAAUUCAGCUUUUGAAAUUUCACCAAAAUGAAACACAACAUGAAAUAUGGGGCCAAACUAAUCUUAGGGUUAGGAACAAAACCCGAAUUUAUUUUUUAUAAUGCAACUGUGAUGACAGCAUGUUAAGGGAUUGGGUAGGUUAAGUUAGGGUAGCUACCGUAGAUUUGGUUAGGCUCCUAGUCUGUGUCCUGGGUCUAUUGUUUCUCAUGAAAAUGCUAUACAGCAUUUGUAAGGAGAAAUAAUAUAUUUCUUAUGCUUCCAAACGUAAAAUAUUAGGUUGGAGGCCAGGGCUAAUUAACCUACAGAAUUUAUUUUAAGUUUAACAUCUAUCUAUCUGUUUUGUUUUCUUUAUUUGGAGGUUGUAAAAUUGAUAAGGAGAUCCUAGUUCAUAUUAGUGAUUGUUAACACUAGCACAAGGAGGUUCUGAUUUUAAGUUGAUCCUGGUUUCAUCAUUUCAAUACUUGUAAUAGAUAUAAGUUGAUUAAUUUUUAACCUAUGUCAUAAAAUCACACAAAUGUUGUAAAACAUUUAAGUACAGCUGUAUGUACACUGAUCUUAUGAUGGAUUCCCUACUGCCAUAAACUGCAGUUGCCAAGCGGUUUAAUACAAUACAUACUGUGGUAGCGUUUCUCCACAGAAAUAUAAAGUGUCUGAGAAUAUCUAUGUUAUUGUCAUCAGAUAUCUGAUGGUAUAUUGUCUCUUUUUUUUUUAUUCCGACACACUAAACUUUUGUUGGAAUCGUACUUAAUAUUUUCUUUGGCAAGGAUAUUUGUACACGGAUCACCGAAUGUAAUAAAAUAUGACAUUAAAAUCCUUCUUAGAUAAUGGUUUAUUAAGACCUAAUUUGCGUUUGGCAUGAUGAUGCAUCGCAUUCCGGGGUUAAUUUCGAGAUAUAUUUCACUGUACACUGCAGUGCGCACCUUCACUGUAGUGUUUAAAGCCUUGUCAAUAUUCGGAUUUGUAGCUGAGAAGUUUACAUCGACGAACGUUGCGGUGAAGUCGUUUAUGUAAACAAAUAUUAAAGCGUCGGAUUCCUGUAGUGAUACGGCUCCUCAAUGGCCCUUUAAGAUUAUUAUUUCUGUACUAUAUUACCAAAUAGGAAUUCCGGUUCAGGUAUUUGUUGACAGCAUCAUGUGGUACAAAUAUGGACUGUGAAGAUGAACAACUGGCUGAGCUGGAGGUUUGGGUGUGGCCUGAGUGGUGGGGGGAAAGACACCUGAGUGGCCAGCAAGUCUUCCCAUCAUUAUCACAAGAUAAUGGCGUACUACAGAAAGGAAUUGGGGAUAUCAAAUGUGGUCAUCCAGUGCGGCAGCCUCGCGUCCAUACUGGAGGGCUGUCUGGGGCCUUAUGGGAAAUCUUUGUUAAUGGAGAAAGCCGGGUGUGUUAUUAUAACUCAAGAUGGAUCUGAGCUUCUCUCCACUUUAGAUGUAUGUGACCCUGUAUUGAAUAUGGUAAUAAAAGGAGUUUUAGAUCACACUAGAGCUUAUGGUGAUGGGUGCAAAAUCAGUUUCUUGUUGUUAAGACGUCUUCUACAUUCUCUUGAUAAUCGUGUUUCACAAAGUUCUUGUGUGUCUCAGGCAGUGAGGAGGCAAAAAAUGGUACAAAUCACUCAACAACUAAGAAAGUAUGUUUUUAAUAGUAUCCAGAGAGAUGUGAUACACAAUGGUGCUCAACAACACCCUCUCCACAACUUUGAAGCUCUGGGAGACAUACUGCGCAAUGCUUCUGAGUAUUUUUUUCAAACAAAGUUUUCCAAACUCAUAGCUAGAAAUCUUGCCCAAUUGUUGUCAUCAUAUUUGUUUUGUCAGUGUAGUAGUAGUGGGGAGCUUGUAAGGCUGUUAAAUGAUUUAACCCAAAACGCCCAUAUUGCAAUUGUUGAAUUGUACAACAUGCCAUUACUGAAGUCUCAUGUGAUCCCUGGCUUUGUAAUCACAAGAAGUUUUAAAUAUUUGCAGCAAGGUAUGAAAUUUGAGAAGGUUUCUGUUGUAUUAUGGUCCAUAAAACUAAAAGAGGAAGAUGAGGAUGGAGUUUGUAAACCCAUUAUUGAAACAAGCAAUGAUCAGACACUAUUAGAGAGCAUUUUUCUAAAAGCAAGACUACUUGAUUCAUGUUUGGCUUCUAUAAAAUCAUUUGGUGUUCAAGUUAUUUUCUCCUCUACCUAUUUCCCAGACUGGGCUGUGUCACAGUGCAAUAAGUAUGGCCUCUCAUUAAUAGACAUGAUAGAAGAUGAGGAAUGGUGUUUCUUAAUCAAGAAACUGAAAAUUACACCAAUUGUUAAUAGAGAUGAUGUACACAGUGGAUCAGCUCAGAUACUUGAGAAAAUUGAACCUCUUACUUUAGGUACAUCACGUUUUGUAAGACUACAGGGUCUUGAUGUUCACCAGAUUCUGCUUUGUGGUCCAACUCCCUCACAGUGUAAGCAGUUCUCUACAGCAUAUGAUAAGCUUUUCAAAUACUUUAACUUUUGGGUGGUCGACUGCCUAAAUUUUCCACAAAGAGUUGAAACGAGGUGUGAAGAUUCAGUCAAUAUAAAUAACACUGACUGUGAUCAUCAGUCUCCCUUGUGUGUGUCACCCAGCAGUUUUACUUGUGCUUAUGGAUAUUAUAAUGAUGUGCUUGAAAGGAACAUGUGUACAAAUAUAGAUAUGAUUAUCCGUCCACAAAGUCCAUCGCCUGUGUUGUACUCCGUACCACAUGGUGGCUAUAUAGAGCUCUUAGCCAAGCAUUUAGUCCUGGAGAAUAUCUCUGGAAGUAUUGAUGAUACUUCUAAAUUGAUUAUUACAGAAGUAUUUGAUGAAAUUCCUUUGUUAUUGUAUAAAAAAAUAAAAGGAUCCCAAAAGAAUUAUUUAGCAUUUCAAACAAGAUUAUAUAAUCAUUUUAAAAAACAAAGAACUCACAAUGAAAAUUUUUUUUUAUCUAGUAUUAUGGAAGAAAAUAGGUUUAGAGGUUACCAGAAUCCUUUCAUACUUUUCAAAAUUUUAGAUUGUGUAUUCCAUUUUGCUGAAUUCAUUUUGAGAAUUGAAUGCAUUGUUCCAGCCAAGAGUAGAAUUUCAAAUUUUGUAAGAAGAAGUGAAGAAGACAGUGAUGAUGAGUAAUAAUUGUCUGUUUUGAUGUUAAUCCAUUUUACUCAAUGCUCACAGUCAUGACAAUGAUGAAAAGCAUUUGGCUGUGUUGAUCAUGACCUGUUUUUUUCUUGAUUCUCACAUUCACAACUGACAUUGAUUAAUAUUCUUCUGCAUUGAUCAUCAUUUGGUCGAUGAUCACAUUCACAACGCUGUUUGUAUUUAUUUUGUAACUUUUAUAUGAUGAACUUUUAGCUUGUGCGUUAAAGAAUAAAUGAAGAUGUGUUGUCGGCAUUGCUGGUGUUGGUAUUAUUCUCUGGGUGUGUUUGUGUUGAGCUCACUUGCCUUAAAGCUACAGAGAGGGGAUGUACAUCUGCUUUUGUUACUUUGUCUGUAACUUAUAGAGGUAUUCUGUAUUUAUACUUUGACUGUAACUUUCUCAGCUGUUCACUAUAAAAAUAAAGGAAGACUUCAGAUUUC